AUGCAUGUCGUGGCUGCCAGCUUCUUGCUGCCGCUCAAUGUCAUAGUAUACACAGCUUUAGGUGGUCUGAAAGCAACAUUCAUAUCGGAUUGGGUGCAUACAGUGAUCAUCUAUCUUAUUCUCAUUGUGUCAGUUUACACCACUUAUUGUAGCUCAUCAUUGAUCGGCUCACCUGGAAAGAUGUGGGAUCUAUUGAAGGAAAUCCAAGAUGUCUUCCCAAUGGCUUCAGGAAAGAGCUAUCUAUCCUUUAAAAGUCGCGACAUGAUCCUCCUGUCAUGGUCAGUGACACUUGGAGGAAUGUCAUCUGUGCUGGGUGACCCUGGUUACUCGCAAAGAGCAAUUGCUUCAGAUUCUCGUAGCGUUUUCUUGGGGUACACUAUGGGCGGUCUAUGUUGGUGGGUGAUUCCAUGGGCCUUGGGUUCGUCAGCUGGUCUAGCAUGUAGAGCUUUGCUCACCAACCCCGCUUCUGUUACUUUCCCCAAUGAAUUGUCGCCAGCUGAAUUGAAUGCCAGCAUGCCAGUGAUAUAUGGGCUUGCCGCUAUAUUCGGUAAGAGCGGUGCUGCUGCAGGCCUUGUCAUGUUGUUUAUGUCAGUAACUUCUGCAACCUCCGCUGAACUCAUCGCUUUCUCGUCCAUCACCACAUAUGAUUUAUACAGGACCUACAUCAACCCCAAUGCAACUGGUAAACAGUUGGUGAGAGCUUCUCAUAUCUCUGUGAUAAGCUUUGGAAUUUUUAUGGCUGCUUUGUCUGUUGUGUUCAACUACAUUGGGGUUACAGUCGGCUGGCUAUUAAGUUUUCUGGGAAUCCUAUUAAAUCCCGAAGCCGGGGCAGUAGUACUUUGUUUAUUCUGGCCACGUAUGACAAAACUUGGUCUUUUAAUUGGCGCUCCCUUAGGCACUGUCACCGGGAUUGUCUGUUGGUUGGGCUCUACUUACGCGUUUGGAGGACAUGUCGUAAACAAAAACACAGUUAUGACAGCAGAAGCUACAUUCAUUGGUAACAUUGUGAGCUUAUUCUCUGGAACAAUCUAUAUCAUUGUCUUUUCAUUGUUGACGCCUAACUCUGCCUCUUAUGAUCUCCGACUAUUGAGGAACGCAAUCAAAGUGGCAGAUGAUGUUGACGACGAAGAAGAAAAAGCACUGAUCCUCACGGAGGCUGAUGAAAAAGUCCUGGGUCAUCAGAGCUACCUGAGCCUGGCAGUGAAUGUUUUCGUGUUACUGGGUGUCUACGUUGUAGUGACUUGUGCCUUAUAUGGGUGGGGCGGAGACUUCAGUAAAUCUUCUUUCACAGCUUUCAUGGUUGUGAUGAUGAUAUGGCUUCUGGUGGCAGCUUUUUCGAUCAUAUUGCUACCGUUAUGGCAAGGUAGGGACACUAUCAAACUUGUUGUAAGAUCGAUCCUAAAGAAAGAACCAGAAGUGGUCUAUUUCACGGACGCUGCAUCAUCCUCAUCCCAGGGUGAUGCAGUCCAAGAUGGUGAAAUAGUUGCCGGUAAGAAAAAUGACAUUCAUAUAACGGUGAGUGGUAUGUAG